AGUGCCCACAAGGGACGGGGCUGCCUGGCCGAGAAAGGACUGCUCAGCACGUGAGCGAUAGGAGCCCGGAGACAGAACUACACGUACACAGACCCUCCUUAAGGAAGGCGGUGAGGUGCUUUUUGUUACCAAUGAAACGCAACCAAAUGCUGUAUGCCACAACUGCCCAAACCCAGCGGCCCGGCCCAGGCAGUCGUCCCAGCCCAACUGAGCCCGGAACUCCUCUUCCCUCACGGCCACGGACGGCGUGUCUUCCGGCGGGACGGGACGGGACGGGACGGGACGGGACUCAGCCUUCGCUUGGCUCCGCUGCUCUGUGUCCCCCACGCCCCGCUCUGCCCUGCCCUGCCCUCCCCUCUCCUGCUCUCCUCUUCUCCCCUCCCCUCCCCUCCACUGGAGGUCUCUCCGAGCGGCACCGUUGCCGCUGUGUCGCCUCCCGGGCUGCUGCUCCCGGCUCAUCCCGGGACGGCGCUCAGCCCUGUGGGCAGAGACGGAGCCGUCGGUGCCGCUUCCAGGAGAACGGCCGCCUCUUCCCAGCAGAGCAGGCUCCAGUUCAACUUGUGCCUUCCAGGCGUGAUCAUCCCAGGCUGCAGGAGAGCAGCAAAUGGCCACAGCACAUCCGUGUCAGGAGCCCGUGAGCUUUGCGGAGGUGGCCGUGUAUUUCAGCAGGGAGGAGUGGGCGCUGCUGGACCCUGCGCAGCGAGCGCUCUACCGGGACGUGAUGCUGGAGACGUACCAGUGCGUGGCCUGGCUGGCUCCACUUCCAGCCCCCAAACCCGGGCUGAUCUCCCUGCUUGAAGGAGGGGAAGACCCCUGGAUCCCAGAUGUGCGUAGCCCUGAGGCCGUGCCAGGAGACCUGAGCCCAGCAGGAACUGGGAUUACAGAUAUACUGGAGGAUGUGCAGGAAAGUGGUGUGGCCGAAAGGCGGUGGGAUAGAGCCUGCGUGGGAGAAAUCAGAAGGGAUGUCCCAGGAGGCCUGGAGCAAGGUCAGGGUGAGCACAUCAAGAAGGCACUGGGAGAGCAUCUGGAAGAGAAAGGAAGGAGCCCACUGCACUUCAACAUAGGUGAAAAGCAUGCCGAAGGACCCAGGAGCAAGGAUGUGUGUCAGAUGAAAAAGCAGAAUCCAUGCACUGAGUGUGGGAAAAGCUUGGAAAUAGAUUCCAGUGUCAUUAACCACCAGUGCAUGCACGCAACGAAGAGCCUGUACAAGUGCUGUGAGUGUGGGAAAAGCUUCAAACGGAGAGCCAAACUGAAACGUCUCCAAUGCAUCCAUACAGGAUGGAGACCCUACAAGUGCUGUGAGUGUGGGAAGAGCUUUAAAAGGAGUUCCCACCUCACCUGCCACCAACGAAUCCACACAGGAGAGAGACCCUUUCAGUGCUCUGAGUGUGGGAAGGGCUUCAACAGCAGUUACAACCUUACCUGCCACCAACGCAUCCACACAGGAGAGAGACCCUUUAAGUGCUCCGAGUGUGGGAAGGGCUUCAAAAGCAGUUAUGAAUUGAAGGUGCACCAGCGCAUCCACACAGGAGAGAGACCCUACAAGUGCUCUGCUUGUGAGAAGAGCUUCAAAAGCAAUUCUGAAUUGAAGCUGCACCAGCACACCCACACAGAGGAGAGACCUUACAAGUGCUCUGCUUGUGGGAAGAGCUUCAGCAGAAGUUCCCACCUCAACUUCCACCGGCACGUCCACACAAGAGAGAGACCCUUUCAGUGUCCUGCGUGUGAGAAGAGCUUCAAACGCAGUUAUGAAUUGAAGAAGCACCAGUGCAUCCACAGAGGAGAGAGACCCUUUCUGUGCUCUCAGUGUGGAAAGGGCUUCAAAAGGAGUUCCCACCUCACCUGCCAUCAGCACAUCCACACAGGAGAGAGACCCUUUCAGUGUCCCGAGUGUGGGAUGACCUUCAGAAUCUGUUCUGAAUUGAAGUUGCACCAGCGUAUCCACACAGAGGAUAGGCCCUACAAGUGCUCUGAGUGUGGGAAGUGCUUCAAAAGGAGUUCCCACCUCUCCUGCCACCAGCACAUUCACACAGGAGAGAGACCCUUUCAGUGUGCUGAGUGUGGGAAGAGCUUCAAAAGAAGGCCUGAUUUGAAGCAGCACCAGCUCAUCCACACAAGAGAGAGGACCUUUUAGUGUUCUGCGUGUGGAAAGGCCUUUAAAAAGUGUUCUGAACUGAACCUGCAUCGGCGCAUCCAUAUGGAGGAGAGACCCUUUCAGUGUCCCGCGUGUGGGAAGAGCUUCAAAAGAAGAUCCGAGUUAAGGGAGGCCCUGCAAGUGCUGUGAGUGUGGGAAAAGCUUCAAAAGCAGUUCUGACUUGAAGCAGCAGCAGCGAACCCACACAGAGGAGAGACCCUACAAGUGCUGUGAGUGUGGCACGUGCUUCAAAAGGAGUUCCCACCUCACCUGCCACCAUCGCAUCCAUACAGGAGAGAGACCCUUUCAGUGUCCGGAGUGUGCAAAGAGCUUUAAACGCAGAUCUCAUCUCAACAUUCACAAGCACAACCACAAAGCACAACGGCUGUAGAAGCACCCCAAGACUCUGGGAACCUUCAAAAGCAGUUCCAGCCUCGUUACCUUCCGGCACUGCCACAGAAGGUACAGAUCCUGCAGAGCCUCAAACUUGUGAGGAGCUUCAGCCAAAACCCCAGCCUGGUUACGACCUGUGGCUUUGUGUUUUGAACCUUACAAAUCCCUUGAGUAGAGGAAGAGCUCGGCAGCCAAAAUCCAUCUUCUUCUCUGCUGCUCUUCUUUCUCCUCUUUGGAUGCGAAUUCUGCAUGUUGCUCUCUGUCAGCUGCAGUCAAGGUGUUGAGCGGACACUCAAAGGAGAGUCCAGAGUGGGAUGUGUCACAGCCACUGGAAACCCUCUGCCAGGUGGCACGUUUCUGCCAGGGCAGUGUGCAAGGACAGUCACCUCUUAUCUCCCCUGUAGACACUCACCUGCUGUGGGACAACAGGUGAGGACCCAAAGGAAACCUCAGCUGGGCCGAUACGUCGCCAGGAAGGAAGAAAUUCUGUCUGCUGGGAGUGUGGGAAGAGCUUCAUCUGGAGCUCAACCCUCAGUACACUCCAGAGAACCAACGCCGGGGAGAUUCCCUGUGAGUGCCUUGACUGCAGGAAGAGAUCCGUCCAGAGCUGGGAGCUCAUCACACACCAGUGGAUCCACGUGAGGAACCCUACAGACGUGCAGCCUGCAAGAAGAGCUUUGGCCACAGCUCAAACCUGCUGAGGUAGCAGAGUGUCUGCAGUUGGGUGAAGUCCAGGACAUGCCUGCACCAGUGAGUUCACGUGGCAGGAAGCCUUAGAAAUGCCUCGAGUGUGAGAAGGGCUUUGUGCAGAGCACGAAGCUCCUCCCUUGCAGGAGAUGGCAGUCGUGGCAGAAGUCUACAAACGUCCCAUGUGUGGGAAGAGCUUCAACCACAGCUCCCAGCUGAGCAAGCACCAGGGGAUCCACUCAGGGCAGAGACCAUAGAUGUGCCUGCACUGCAGGAAGAGCUUCAUCCAGAGCUCAGUCCUCGUUAAGCAUUGCCCAGUCCACGUGAGACGGUGGCCCUGCAAGUGUCUCUCCUACAGGAAGAGUUUCUCUCAGGGCUGGCACCUCAUUUCUCAUGGGGAAAGCUCCAGGAGAGAGAGCUUGAGGAUGCCCAAGGAUGGGGUAGACCCCUGUGCUUCUCCCCACACAGGAAGAGCUGGCAAAGGAGAUGGCAUCGCUGGCACCCUCUGCAGAAGGGCCUUAACCCAGGAGCUUCAGAUGGCCUUUCCUUGCUUCCCAAAGCAGUUCUCUCAGCAUGCCCACGUUCCUCUUCUGCUCUUCCUGCCUGCAGCUUUUUGAUGCCAUUUCCUUAGGAGAAGCGGCUGUGUGGGGAUGUUCUGUGUGUCUGUGUGCGUGUGUUGCUCUCAGUAAUUUCUGAGUGCGCAGACGAAUGUGAGAGAAUGGUCAGGAGAGCAGUAACGUGGCUCUUGGAGGUUUUCUGAGAAUCAUCUGUGGUGGAAAGGGAAGGGGGUGAAUAAAGUAGCUGAGUUGUUCUGGAGCUUUCUUCACUGUGUUCUUGUUUCUUGUUCUUAAGGUGAAUGUCAGCGUGUGGAAUGAGGAGAGGGAUAGGAGAGGGAUAAUAUUCCACCUCUGCACACACUGGAAUCAGCACAGGCACAGGCAGAGCUCCC